AUGUCCAACUUGACGAAGCAACAAGUAGCAGUAAGCUUCAUAUUCAAGUUCCCGGCAAACGGCGUAGCGAGGCCCAAGGUCGCGCUGUUCAAGAGGAGCGGCAAGGUUAGCACCUACCGGCACAAAUACGCCCCUAUAUCAGGCAGCGUGGAAGCCACAGACUCCAACCCUCUCGCGACGGCAUGGCGAGAACUAGGAGAAGAAACAGGCCUCGACGCCUCGUCGCUGACCUUCCUGCGCCAAGGAAAGCCGUACACCUUUGCCGACGAAUCCGUGGGGAGAGAGUGGACCAUCCAUCCCUUUGCGUUUGUUCUCAAGCCUCCCGACGCCGAGACGGGCGCCAGAGGCGAGCAAGGCAUGAGGCUGGACUGGGAGCAUGAAGCGUACGGGUGGUUCGACCCCGGGGAUGUAGCGGAUGAGGAGGCAUUCCCAGGAGUCCCCAAGCUGCUGGAGUCUCUCAGGAGGGUGUGGCCCGCGCUGGACCUUGGUUCGGCAGCCGCGGCGGUGCUGGACAAGGGGCUGCAAGCGCUGAGGGACGACCACGAGAGCGGCGCGAGGCAGCUCGCAGGCAAGGCGGGGGCGAUCUUGGCCGACGUGGUGAGCCAGCUGGACAGCGGGGACGGAGAGGCGUGGUGGGCCAACUUCCGGAGAGCAGCGUGGCACCUGUGGAGGAACGGGCGCGAGAGCAUGGCGGCGUCGAUCCUGAGCGCUGUCCUGCGCAGCCUGGACGUUGUCGAGCGGAGGAUGGAGACGGCCGGCUGCUGCUUGUCGGGAGCCACGGUCGACGACAUGCUGGCCGAGAUGCGCGCCUUGCGGCGGACCAGGGAGACGUCGGUGUCCAGAAUCGCGAGCGAGUUCACCGCCCUUGCGGCAGCCCUCGCGGCGGGAGCAGAUGCGCUCGUGGUGCUCACCCUGUCGUCCAGCUCGACAAUCCACGCCUGCCUGGCGCACGCCCUCGCGACGACCGGCACCCCCGCGCCGCUGCUCGACCUGCGCGUCCUCGAGUCCCGUCCGCUAUUCGAGGGGGCCGGCCUCGCGUGCAGGCUGUCUGGCUGCGCCGCCGCCCGGGGCACCGCCGGGCCCCCUCGCCUGCGCACGACCGUGUACACGGAUGCCUGUGCGGCGGUCGCCGCCCGGGACGCGCGGCUCGUCCUCCUCGGGGCGGACCUGAUCGACAGGCACGGCAACGUGAGCAACAAGACGGGGUCCCUGCCGGCGGUGCUGGCGGCGAAGCACGUGUCCAGAGACGCCAAGGUGGUGGUUGUGAGCGAGACGGACAAGGUCUCGCCGCUGGACCAUGAUCCGCGGGCGCGGCAGGAGGAGGAGAAUGACCCGGGCGAGGUGGUAGGUGCUUGGGCGGAGGCCGGUCUGCGGUGGCCGGAGCGGCAGGAGCCGGGGCGUGGUGGUGGUGGUGGUGGUGUCCGGGUGAGAAACGUCUAUUUCGAGUGGGUGCCGAGAGCGCUGGUUGAUUAUUAUGUCACGGAGGAAGGGGUGGCCAAGGCCGAGGAUGUGAUGAGGUGGGCCGAGGAUGUUGGGCGACGAUCGGAGCAUUACUUUGGCGACUUGUGA